CGCUGACGGCACCAGAGCCCAGCUCCGUCACGGACCAGCGGCGCCGGGGCUCGAGCCGCCGCUCAGACCCGCGUCUCCUGUGGACGAGCGCAGCGCAGCAGCAACUCUCCGUCACCUCCGACAGGAGACGACGAAGAGGAGGAGGAGGAGGAGGAGGAAACUGGGAGGGAGGAUAAAUCCAGGAGGGAGCGCCGGUGCCUUUUCUUGGAUGAACAGAACUUCCAGGGUGCACUGCUCUUCGCCGUCUACUUCUGGAGUCUAUUUAAUUAUUUAUCACCUGACUCAUUUUGGACUGUCGAACACAACUUUGAUUUUUUUUUUUUUUUUUAAGUUUCACAUGCAGGUCGGCUUUUUUGUUUCUAGAUCCCACUGCUUUCUGUAGCAAAUAUUUGUACAUGUGCAUGAGCUUUUAACUGUAAAUCAUUUGCGUGAGCGUCAUUUUCUGACUGACUGAGUGAGUGAAAUGCACCUGGCAGAACAAACAGGUGUAACUGCGUGAAAGAAUGUCUGCGUAAGUCAACACACAACCUUUUGAUUUUAAGCCAUGCAACAAACGCACCAUUUUGUUUUGCUUUUGACUUAUUUCUCAUCUCAUUCGUGUCUUUACUCCUAAAUAUCAUCAAAACCCACUGAGGCAGAAUUUCUCUUCUUCUAAGCAUCACUUCACACUUUACAGCACAAGUGACAGGACACUGCGCAGCAACUGAAGGUCCAUCCUUUCUGAGACAUAUUAGAAGACGCGGUCUCGUCUCCAUCUGCUCCUGUCUCCCCCCAGGAUGGCUGGCUGUACCAGUCGCUGCAGGCAGGGGGUGCUCAAACUAAUCCAGUCCCUGCAGAGAUUGGUCUCAGGAACCCUCACGAAAGAUAAAAUGGACGACGAGCUGGAGAUGACGAUGGUGUGUCACAGGCCGGAGGGACUCGAGCAACUGGAAGCGCAGACGAACUUCACCAAACAGGAGCUGCAGAUCCUUUAUCGUGGCUUUAAGAAUGAAUGUCCGAGUGGCGUGGUGAACGAGGAGACCUUUAAGCACAUUUACGCACAGUUCUUUCCUCACGGAGACGCCAGCAUGUACGCACAUUACCUGUUCAACGCGUUUGACACCACAAAUAACGGCUCCAUUAAGUUCAAGGACUUCGUCACGGGACUGUCUACAUUACUGCGGGGGACUCUGAGGGAGAAGCUGGAGUGGACGUUUCACUUGUAUGACAUCAACAGAGACGGCUACAUAAACAGAGAGGAAAUGACUGAGAUCGUGAGAGCCAUUUAUGACAUGAUGGGAAAGUACACCUACCCUGCGAUCAAGGGGGACGUCCCACAGCAGCAUGUGGAUGCCUUCUUCCAGAAAAUGGAUAAAAACAAAGAUGGAGUGGUGACUUUGGAGGAGUUUGUUGUAGCCUGCCAGGAGGAUGAAACUAUGAUGAGGUCCAUGCAGCUCUUUGAAAACGUGAUGUAGGACCAGCGGAGACGACGCCACGGAACACGAGAGGGCUUGGUGUGAAUGUGUAGUUGCAUACUGUAUGUGCAGUACAUGGAGUCUCUCCUCUACCCGUCUUGUCCAGAUGUGGUCUGCAAACAAACAGAAACCCCCACAAGGACGUCAAUGAAGGGACUGGACUGGAAUGCGUGGGGCCCUCCUGUGGAGCCUCACCUCCCAAUAGAAAGUGACUGAUGUGGUGGAAGAUUGACCUGCUCGGAUAAAAGUAUUCUUACACCGCAAGGCUGCUCCUAACCAGCGAAAAGCUACGUGUUGAACCAGCGUAUUUAUUUUUUCCUUUGCCAAAAUAUGAUUGCAUGCUCUUAGAGCCUUAGGUUUAUCUCCAACAGUAUGUCGGUUUUAUUAUGGGAACUUGACCAUAAGGACUUCUUCAUACAUUUCAUGCUACUGGUUGGCAGAUUUGACAGAAUUCAACCGUCAUGUGUUUGGGUUUGAUUGUUGCAGUGGUCUUUGUAUUGUUGUGUUAGCCUGGCCGUCGCUUGCCUGCAGAGUCAGCCCGAUGCUUCUUGUUAAGUCCAAAGCUUGCAGUAGAAGGUCUGUGAUGAAACAGUACAUAUCAUGGGUUUAUAUGAAACAUGAGUGUGUGUUCCUGUCUCUCUGUCUAUGAUGGAUGUUAGGUUUUAGGGGAAAGAACAACCUUCACCUGCUGUGUUGCUUCUUGUGGUUUCAUUGGUGUGUUGUCCAAACUGUAAAUCGCCCUGUUAAGAAAACAUGUUGAAUUAUAGCAAAAAGUGGAAUAAUUUUAAAAACCAGUAUCUUUAUCUUUAUAGGUGACAUGUGAUGCAGGUGUAACUCAGCUUGUUGUGCUUUGACGCUGAGGAUAGUUCCAUCUGCAUUAGUGACCAUUUGAACCAAUACAAACAGAACAGGGCAACUCUUGGUUUUCCGUGAGUCAGGCAGUGCCUGAAAGCACCAACAUAAUGCAGACCUCGCUAGGCUAUAGUAGUUUAAACACUAAAAUAUUCAUCACUGUUCCUUUUUGCCAACAGUGGAGUAGCCUCUUUGGUACAGCGCGUCUGUGUGACAUUACAGCCUCGGGAGUUCAUAUCUCACAAACAGAGAAUGAGUUUAAAGCCAUAAGAAUAAAUACAGUAUUUAAAUUCUUAAACGCAGUUGUGCUUACUUGACAGUUUGCAUGCUUUCACUUUUAAUAUUGAAUAAUUUGAUUUGUGUUCUGUUUGCUGCCCACAUUAAGCCUGUUUUUUUUAUUAAAGGGCAUUUUUUUCUCCCCA